AUGUUCAACCGAAACCACCGCUGUCCCCCAUGGAACAAGCCGGAGAAGCCGUCGGGCAGCUGCACUCCAUAUUCGAAGCAUUUUCCGCCGUUGGAUGGGAACAAGUCGGAGGUCCCGGCGAAUCCAGGCUGGAUUCGCCGAAAUUCGGAAGGCCAAGCCUACAGUGAUACGUUGGAAAAGGAGUUCCAAGAAUUGUCAGUGAAGGAGAAAUCUGAAACUUCCCGAAAACAGGUGAGUUGAAUUGGAUUUUAGCGAUUUUUUGAGCUAUCUUGGGCAAAAAAUAAAAUAAUUUUUUAAAAAAAUCGACUGGUCGAUUUUACCGGAAAUUUUAUGGACAAAGUUUUCAACGGCCCAAUAUGGAUCCCUGCAAAUUUUAGCUCAGUAUUUGCAGAAACGGCUGAGAUAUUCAGCAAUUUUUGUAGGCGAGAGAGUACGUAAAAAGCGGAAACGGCCAGAGAAAAUUUUGUUUUUUUUUACGAUUUUUUGACAAAUUUGUUAAGAAAAAAUUAAUUUUUUGGUGUUGUUAUUAUGCCUUACAUUUCAAAAAGACGCAGUGCCAAGUUUUAUUCAAAUCUGUAAUAAAAAAAAUUUUUUUAAUUUCAAAAUUUCAAAAAUUAAAAUUUUUUUUUUAUUUUUUUAGCCCGAUUCCAUCCCCAAUAACGAGCUCCAGCAAAAAUGGCAAGAUCUUGUCUCGCUUAUCGCCGAGCGUUUGCCUCAGGGCAAUGCCAAAGUCGUCCUGACUCGAUUCGCCUUCCAUGAUAAUGUCCCGCGAAAAAAGAAACAGUUUAUCAACUUUCUUCGCUCCUCCUGCCAUCUGCACGACAAUGAGAUUGGAGAGAGCGUCUGGCACACACUCCAAGAAGAGCUGGAGAAGUUGAAGGAUGAAGGUAUGAGUUUUAUGUUUUUUUGGAUCUUGUACUAGAAAAGGACGUGAAAUUGUUCGAAAUUUUGUGAAGAAAAGUUUCAAUUUGGUCAAUUUUUGUUUGAAAAUGUCUUCCAGAUGAAUUUCUCGACGCCAGAAUCGAUUUUGCAGAGCUAAUUUUCGAUUUUUCUUGUUUUUUGGCACUUGCAGCACAAUGCCAAGGUUUUCGAAAAAUCACGGAAACAAGAAAAUUUGAAAAUUUUUGGCGUUGUUGAAGUUUACGGACUUUCCUUGUUAUUCAAAAAAAAAUUUUUUGUUGUUUUUGACCUCUUUUUGGAACCUAUAACAGAAUGCCAAGCCUUUCGAAAAAUGGCGGGAAAUUUGAAAUCAAUAUUUUUUGGUUUUUUUGUCUCCGUAGAAAAGGCGAGGACUUACAUUUCUUGCUUUUUUUCCUCUUGGCAACACUUUCUUAACCUUUGAAACACAAUGCCAAAGGUUUUUUAUACGGCGGAAAUUAAAAAAAUCAAAAAAAAUUUUUUGUUGAUUUUUCCUUCACAGGCCUCCUUCAUCCUCUGCAGAGCUUACUUUGAAUGUUGAGCCCAUUUACUGUUGCUUUUCACCAAUUGUUUUUAGGUACCGAAGUCCCUUCCGAGCUGUUCAACCGCAAAAAGAAGUGCUUCUAUCGACGUGGAAGACGCAACCGUCGGAGCGCCAAUGAAGAGCCUCAGGCUUCAAACGAAGCGCCGGAAACUCCGCCAGCGUCGACUUCGCCGUUGCCUCGUUUGGCGGUUGCGGGACCACGAUCCAAACGACAACCCAAGGCCCAGAAGUUCGAAGAAAUCGAGGAGAAGUUGAAGGAAAAGGAGAAGGAAAAGAAGGAGGAGAAUUCCACUAAAUCCGAAGGUAAGGAUUUUGGGAUUUAGCGUAUAGAAUUGUUAUGGAUCGCAAAUUAUUUACCAAAAAAAGUUGGCAUUUGCUUUACAAAAUCGGCUGAGAUAUUCAACGGGUUUUUUCAAGUCAGAGAUUAGUGAUCGGAAACGGGUUUUUUGGCCACAUCUUUUUGUGGGUUGUCUACAAUAGCUUCAAAUUUGGUGCGGUUGGGACACAUGGGCCAAAAAUCAUUUGCUUGAAGCCUUAGCUCAUGCUUUGCAACGAGAGCCAAGAUUUCCAACGACCUUUGCAAUUAGUGGUCGGAAAAAGCAUUUUUUUGCCAUUUCUGUUUGUGGUUUCCUCACAAUGGCUUCAAGUUUGGCACAUAUGGCCCCUAUAAGCUAAGGUUCAUUUGCAUGAAGUUUUAGCUCAUGCUUUGCAAGAACAGCCAAGAUUUUCAACGAUAUUUACAAACUAGAGAUUGAUGAGAUAAGGAGGGAUAGACAUCGAAAACUUUUGACUCAUAAAAACUGUUAUUUUCAGCGCCAAAGUGUGAGAAGAAGAGUUAUGGUCAGAUGUCGCCAUUUGGUGACGAAGCGGCCAAAGAUGCGGCGGAGCCGGGUUUCAAAUGGAGAAGGACGAUUGCCGAGGAAAUGGCGAGAAAUAAGGGAAUUUGUGGCUACCAUAACUUGAAAAAUACGGUAAGCUGACAUCUAAAUUUCAAUAUCAAUUAUCUUGCCCCGAUUCCCUGAUGUUGUGGAGAUUUUUAGGGCUUGAAACAGAAUGCCAAGAUUUUUUUAUAGAAGGCGGGAAUCUAAAAAUUAAAAAAAAAAUUGUUUUGGUUGGCUCUAACUAAUACUAAGGGUCCCAAUUACCGAUAAAAUUACAUUUUUUUUUGUUUUUCGAUACGUUUUUAAGGCUUGAAACACAAUGCCAAUAUUUCUGAAAAAUAGCGGGAAACUUGAAAUUACAUUUUUUUUUGGUCUUUUUUGCUGUUAAAACGUCCCUUAGGCUUCACUAUUUGUUAUCUUCUGAUGUCAGGCAUUUUUUCGGACUUGCAACACAAUGCCAAAGAUUUUCAUUUUUGCCAAAGACUGGCAAAAGCUAUUGGAAAAAACUUUUUUUUAUAACGAAAAGUGUUGUUAUGCUCUUUCUCAGGUGAUCAACUGCUACCGCUCCACCGUCCUCGACUACACCACCUCCGAAGAGCGCUUGAGCCGGAUCUUCAAGAAGAAGUUCGAACUCUUUGGAUUAACAGUGGAGAAUCGGAUGGUUGUCAUUCAAAAGGCCUUUGUUUGA